AUGACCAAGACUCUUGGCCUCGCUCUGGCUGGCCUGCUCGCCGCCGCCGGCUCUGCGCGUGCGGACCUGCAGACCUGCGGCGAUGCCCAGUACGACCCGUCCCAGUACGUCUGCGACGACGGCAACUUUUUGUGCCCCAUUGUCGCGGGCGAGGGCCUCUCGUACUGCAGCGGCGCCUGCUACAGCAAGUUCAUGUACACGUGCACCAACAACGCCCUGGCCCAGCUCACGCCGCUCGCCGCCGGCACGCCCUUCACGCUGACCGUCUCGAACCCGACGGCCGCGGCCGUCGACGGGCUCGCCGUCGACGCCUGCAACCUGCGCUGGAACCUCGGCAUCGAGACCUGCUCGUACUGCCCCACCACGGGCGUCGAGUGCCCCGUCGGCAACACGACCGUCGUGUCGGCGCCCGACACGGCGGCCGGCAGCUCCACGCCCGCCAUGGACGUCGUCGUGCCCGGCGGCCAGGCCGUGUACCUGGACCCGUCGGGCGCCGUCGGCUACACGCAGGCGCACUCGGCGCAGAUGCCCGGCGGGUCGAUCACGGGCGGCCUGGUGCCGUACAGCGGCGGCGGGUUUGUGAACCUCAACUCGGGCGGCUACGGCUGGGCGGCCUGCCCGCCGACGGCGGCCGGUGGCGGCGGAACGGGCUACACCCUCUUCGCCGUCAAUGCCGACAACAAGGCGACGCUGGCCGGCUGCACGCCCGUGAACCUCAAGGUCAACCCGCAGCCCUCGGGCACGAUCGGCGCGUGGCAGUACACGUAG